GCACGCUGAGAGAAAAGGAGAAGCUGAGCAGAGGAGAGACAGACGGCGGAGGAGGCGCUGGUGCUCUGAGGAGAGUGGAAUAAAAGCUUCAGCAGAACUUCAGUCCAGAGCUGAGCGAAGAGCAGCACCUCUUAUUAAUUACUUGGCGUCCUCGGCGAGGCUCUGCACUGGAUUCUCUCUUCAGCCGCGUUUAGACUCGUUAUCAGGCUGCGAGCUCCGCACAUCUGGACUUGUCGAGUUUUCUGGACUUUGUCUUCUUUCAGAAGAACGAAAUAAAAACACUUCUUCGCGUUUUCUGGUGCUGAAGGAAUAUGCUGGGUUUUGUGAGUGUGCUCCUCGCCGCCGCGUGCGUUACGGUGGCGCAGAGCGCGUGGGAGGAGACCACGGUGGUCCCGGUGCGGCUCGACCCGAGCGAGACCGAGACCCUCAGCCCUGAGGCGCGGGACAAAGAGUCGCAGAAGCUCGUGUUCCGGCUGGACGUGUUCGGGAAGCAGGCGGUGCUGGAGCUCGAGCCCGACCGGAGCUUCCUGGCGCCCGGCUUCGUGUUCCAUGAGGUUGGCCGAGCCGACGAGCGCCGGGAGCCGGACAGCACCGCGGGGCAGGAGCGCUGCUUCUACUCGGGGGCGGUGCGCGGGGAGCCCGAGUCAGCCGCCGCCGUCAACGUGUGUGACGGCCUGAGGGGCGCCUUCUACAUUGGCGGCGAAGAGUUCUUCAUCCAGCCCGCCGGAGCCAACGCCAUGCACGGAGACCUGCACGUUAUCCGCCGGAGGAGCCGAGGGGGAGGCGCCGGGUCCAAGUGCGGCGUCAACGAGGAGGAGGAGAAGGUGCCCGAGCUCGGGGGAACAAGUCCAGAUAAGAAGAGCGGCUCCAUGGGCUCUCAAGCACACCAUCGGUCCCGUCGCUUUGUGUCCACCCCACGAUAUCUGGAGAUCAUGAUAGUGGCAGAUCAGUCUAUGGCAGAGUUCCAUGGAGCUGGGUUGAAGCCUUACCUGCUGACCAUUAUGGCUGUUGCCUCUCGCCUUUACCGCCACCCAACCAUUCAUAACUCCAUCUCACUGGCUGUGGUGAAGCUUCUGGUGGUGUACAAUGAAGAACAAGGACCUGAGGUGUCCUCCAAUGCUGCCCUCACCCUGAGGAACUUCUGCCAGUGGCAAAGGCAGCACAACCCUCCCAGUGAUCGCAACCCAGAGCAUUACGACACAGCAGUGUUGUUCACUAGACAAGAUUUAUGUGGUGCUCAUUCUUGUGACACACUGGGCAUGGCUGAUGUUGGCACAGCGUGUGAUCCUGACCGAAGCUGCUCCAUUAUUGAAGAUGAUGGACUGCAAGCAGCAUUUACUGUAGCACAUGAGCUGGGUCACGUGUUCAACAUGCCCCAUGACGAUGCCAAGCAGUGUGCUAGUGUCAACGGUGACCACUGGAGUUCUCACAUGAUGGCUUCUACUCUUUCCAACCUGGACCAGCUGCAGCCCUGGUCUCCCUGCAGUGCCUUGAUGGUCACUACCUUCCUGGACAAUGGCCAUGGCCAGUGUCUGCUGGACAAGCCCCAGAAACCUCAGCAAUUACCUCAGGCUCUGCCAGGCUCUGUGUAUGAUGCUGACCGCCAGUGUCGUCUCACAUUUGGAGAAGAGUCACAGCAUUGCCCGGACCUGAGCACCACCUGUGCUGCUCUGUGGUGCACUGUCACCACCACAAAUGGUCUGCUGGUCUGCCAAACCAAGAACUUUCCAUGGGCUGAUGGAACACCAUGUGGCCGUGACAGCUACUGCAUGGCAGGCCAAUGUCUGAGCAAGAGUGAAGCCGCCAGCUUUCAGACUCCAGUAAAUGGUGGAUGGGGAACUUGGGGACCUUGGGGGGAGUGCUCACGCACCUGUGGUGGAGGUGUGCAGUACUCUUUCAGGGACUGCAACAAUCCCUUGCCCAAAAACGGAGGCAAAUACUGUGAGGGUAAAAGGAUUCAGUACCGCUCCUGCAAUACAGAGGUCUGCCCUGACAGCAAUGGUCUAACCUUCCGUGAGGAGCAGUGUUUGGCUCAUAAUGACAUCUCCUCCCAGGUGUCAUUUGGCUCAAGUGAGGGUGUGGAAUGGGUGCCGAAGUAUGCUGGUGUAUCACCCAAGGACCGCUGCAAGCUGGUGUGCAGAGCAAAGGGAACAGGAUACUUCUUCAUCCUUAAGCCAAAAGUGGCCGAUGGGACACCCUGCACUCCCGACUCCACCUCAGUGUGUGUGCAAGGCCAGUGUGUGAAGGCUGGGUGUGAUCGUGUGAUUGGCUCAAGCAAACGAUUCGAUAAAUGCGGUGUCUGUGGAGGGGAUGGAUCUACUUGCAAGAAAGUGUCAGGAUCACUGGACCGUGCAAGGCCAGGUUAUCAGGAUGUGGUGACAAUCCCUGCUGGUGCCACCCACCUUGACGUCAAGCAGCGAUCCCCUGGUGGUCGUCGCCAGGACAACAGCUACCUGGCUGUCCGCCGGCAAGAUGGCACCUACCUGCUAAAUGGGGACUACAAGCUUACAACUCUGGAGACUGACAUCUCCCUACGAGGUGCACUUCUGCGCUACAGUGGAUCCUCAGCCACCCUUGAGCGCUUGCGCAGCUUUGCUCCUCUUCCAGAGCCACUAACAGUCCAGGUAUUGUCGGUGGGGGACUCUCCUCGGCCCCGCGUCAAGUACAGUUACUUCGCCCCACGUCCUGCUUCCUCUCCAUCUGGUUCAAACCGACAUUCCAUCAAUGCCAUCAGAGAUGCCGGAGGCGCAGAGUGGACCCUGCGUGAAUGGGGACCAUGCUCGCAGACCUGUGGUGAAGGUAUCCAGAUGAGGGACAUCCUUUGUCUAGAUGCCAAGGGACAACCAUCAAAAGACUGUCCCGAAGAGCUACGUCCUAUUUCUUCUCAGCUGUGUUCCACACAUGCUUGCCCGUCCUGGCAAGUGGGACCGUGGUCAGAAUGCUCCAAGACCUGUGGCCGAGGCUUCCAGAAACGUCCUUUGCGCUGCGUGAGUCACGAUGGUCGUACCUUGUCCCAUGACAGCUGCAACGCAAAAGAUCGGCCACGGCCCCUGUUGAACUUGUGUACUGAGAGUCCCUGUUAAGACUGGCUAGGACUAAAAGCAAUCUUGAACGACUGUACUCCUGCUAGUUGUUACUAAAGCAGAGCAACGCAGGUUUUUUGGGAUCUAAAGGGCCCCUUAUGACGGUGACUGCAAUCAGCCUCCAUCCAGUGCUCCCACUCCUCCAACACUGGGUACAGGGCACAAAGCUGGCACACUAUGUACCUGUAAAAAAUGCUGAGAUAGAGGAACUAUAAGGACACUAUAAGGACACCUCUGCUGCUUUAGGAGCUGUUGUCAUGCAUGUAGGUCUUUGAGUGCGAGUGCGUUUCAAGUGAAUGAUUGUAUGAAAAAUUCUAGUCUAUGUAUUUGUAUUUGACUGUCUGUCUGAGCUGGACUGGAUAGACAGGUUUGCUUCUCUACAGGAAAUAUGUAUAUAUGAGAGGAUCCACAGAAUAACAAUAGGUCACUAGGGAAGUGAACAUAUAGGAACCUAUUAGCAUUUGGCUGGGUUAGGAAGCAGUAGUUGUGACUUAGUAAGGGAGUCCUUAAUAAAGGGCCAACAGGCAGUAAUCCUACUACUAACCUUUUUUGUUACUAGCAUAUGGAGCACAUAUUGUAUGGAUGCACUCCACAUUUCACCUCACCUAGACACACAAGCUGCUAUCAUACACCUCAACAGGUGCUGCGCAUUUGCCUUAUAGCUAUAGCUGCACAGUUAGGUUGAUAUUGCUACCAGUUUUCUAAGCCAUAGCCCAUCAUGAGGGAACAAAAAGAUGGAGGGGGAGAGAGGCCAAAGAGCAAGUUUUUUGUAUCUGAGGAGCGUGUGUGUGAGUUACAGAGUGAGAGUGUGUGUGUGUGUGUCUAUGUGUGUUUUAGAAGGCAUAUUUGGAGGUGGGUGAGGGACUUCUCUCCUGCUACUACUUCAUAAGUAAGUCUCUCGUGCCUUCCGAGAAGGUGUCAUCGUAAUGACGUAUUUCUUUUUGUACAGAAUAUCCAAACCUUAUUUAUUUUUGUACAGCCUGUUUAAUAUAAUCUUGUGGCUUUUCUAUUAUUAUUGUAUUUCUAUUUGUUAUUAUAAUUAUUGAAAUAACAGAAGGAUGUAGAUUAUAUUAGAGUAUUUAUACAGUAUUAUAUAUGUGGUCUUAGGUUUAU